UCUAAACAUUGGUUGGCAAGAAGCAAGAAGGACCUAACCGACAAGGAAUAGCAGUCCUAGCUAUCAGCAUAAAACAACCAAGCAAGCCAAUUGAGUUCAAUUCGCAAAGCUCAUUCAAUUCCAUCGUAUGCUUCAUCCUACAAUAUUCUCUCUCUCCCCAUUUCCCGCAUACACAAAUAUAUACCAAACCUACUUUCUUUUGCUUUUCUCCACCACUAACGCAAAAAGACUCACCACUCAUCACCACACCACCCUUUUGCUUUUGCGUGUUUUUGGAUUGUUCUAGAUCUAAAAGAUAAAGAUGAUCCAAGAACUCUUGGGUGCUGCUACUGCUAGCCUUAUAGCAGGAGAAACAAAAAUCUCCAUUAAUAAUAAUGGAGGAGGAGGAGCAGGAGGAGGACGACUUCUACUAACACCACCGGCACCGUCUUCUCCUUCUCCGUCUCCUUCUUGCACAACAACUAUCACCACUUCCACUAACACCGCCACUUCUUCCAACUCCGACAACCAAAAUUUGAGGUGCCCUCGUUGUGAUUCAUCAAACACUAAGUUUUGUUACUACAACAACUACAACCUCACUCAGCCUCGCCACUUCUGCAAGACAUGUCGCCGCUACUGGACCAAAGGUGGUGCUCUCAGGAAUGUUCCCAUCGGAGGUGGCUGCCGGAAAAGCAAGACCUCCGCCAUGUCCAACUCGGUGGGAAAGCAGGCCGCCACAAAGAUGAAAGCAGUGGCAUCGGAGCUUGGAAGGCCACAGACACUCUUUGACCAAGAGCUUCCACAAACCCCAAUCCUUUGGGGCUCACCGCAAAAUACUCAACUCAUGGCUUUACUAAGAGCUACCCAAAGCCAAAACCAAAACCAAAACUCAAACCCUAACCCUAACCCUAGUCUUGUGUCAAUUGCUGUCAAGAGAGAAGGGAACUUAUCGGAAUCUCACUCCCACAUGGUCACUGAGUCAUUUCUCCCAAAUGGGUUGCUGAAUAGUACUAGAACUGGUCUAGGAUACGAUGGUGUGGGAGAACUUCCUUCACUGGGUCUAUGCAGCUCCUUUUGGAGGAAUAAUCAAAAUCAGAAUCAGCAGCAAAGCAACGGUUUUGUACUUGGAGAACAGCAAAGUAUUGGAGUUCAAGAACUUUACCACAAGUUCAGGUCAUCAUCGUCAGUUCAUUAUUGUGGUAGUGAUAAUUCACCGGUGUUUCUCGGCAACAUGCCUUCAUCCUCUUCUUUGUCCAACAUUUUGGAAUCAUCUUCAGUUUCUGGCAGCGAAUUCGGGUGCUGGAAUCCAACCCUUUCCUGGGGUGAUCUUCCCACAACAAGUGGAGCAUAUCCUUAAUCAACCGCACAGUAAGUGGCUAACUGGUGUGGGCCUCUACAUAAGUAGUUAAAUAUUUACAACAUGGUGUGAAUGCAGAGAUUCAGGGUGUGUUGACGUUAUGCCAAAGGUACCAGUGAAGCUAUAUUUUAAGAGACUUAAAAAAUAGAGUAAAGCUGGGGAACAAGAAUAUCUGAUGUUGAUAAACUCAAAAACUUUAGGGUUUAGUUGUUAAGAAGUGAAGGUGGUGGUGGAGGCAUGGUGUAGUAUAUGGGAGUGCUAGAUUUUGUUUUGUUACGAGAAAUCGGUGAAUCUAAUGCAAAAGCAGCCUUUGGAAAAAGUUUCCUCAAACAGAACUAGAUUCUGGAUGUUGUUUGUGAGCAAUCCACCAGCAAUUGGUUCGACACAGACUUCACUGAGCAACCAUGCCUCACUUCUGCUUCUCUGCUAGUCCACUAUUUUAUUUAUUUAUUCAUUUUUAAUUUGAAAAAUAGAAAGCCUCUACUAUCGCAAUCUAACACACACUGUUCUUCUAACCUAUACAUGCACUUUUGUUGCUAAGUUUGAGUCUAUGAUUGACACUCACCGACGUUUAAUAAGAACGGCUAGUGCUUUUCUUUC